GCGGUAGCAGCAGCAGCAGCGGGUCGCGCAAUGGCAGUUCUUGACGGUAGUGGAUCUCUCUGAGGUUUUGUUGAUAAGAAAUAGUUGAAAAGGUGGUGAAAAAAUGUGCGAACACCGAGAGUCAGAGGCGUUUGGGGACCGCCGAAAAUUGAUCUCGAGGUUAAAUAGUGUACGAAGAGAAAAUAAAGUUGAAAAAUUAAGUGAAAACGUCUAGCUGUCGCAUAUCUUUACGGAGAUGUCUGAGCCCCGAAGGACGGACGGACAGACGAACGUCUCUGUCAAGUGUUUGUGAUUUUUCCGACAACGUGUUUUAACCGCGAACUAGAGAGAAUCGAUCCGUUUCUCAAUUAAAAAUUAUAUUCAAUCGGAAUUUUUUUUUUCACCCUAUUAAACUUAUCAGUUUACUACGUGUGAAAUGUUUUCAACGCCGGCGUCUGUGGUGGGCGAGUCGUCGGGCUACGACUUUGAGAAAGAAGAGAACGCCGCCAAGUGGAAGGGGGUGUUUGUCAGCUCCCUACGCAAGGUAUUAGAACAAGUUCAUCCAAGUUUACAGGCAAGACAAGAUGCCCUUGACUAUGUGGAAAGCUUGAUUCUUCGAAUGCUAGGGAUGCUUUGCGGACGUCCUCCUCCACACACACCACAAGAUGUCGAGGAACGCGUUAGACGAACUUUUCCUACACCAAUAGAUAGGUGGGCCCUAAAUGACGCGAACCAAGCUUUAGAGAAAGGGAAGAAGAAAUCACCUCUUGUGUUACCUGUUGAUAAAAUACAUCAGCUGUUACAAAAAGAAGUACUGCAGCACAAAAUCGAUUCACAAGUUAGCCUGUUUGUUGUAGCAGUCCUUGAAUACAUCUCUGCUGAUAUUCUCAAGUUGGCUGGGAAUUACGUUAAAAAUAUUCGCCAUGUCGAGAUUUCCUGUCAAGACAUCAGAGUGGCAAUGUACGCAGACAAGGUCCUCUUGGAUAUGUUUUACCAAGACGAUUGUACGGAAGGUCCCCAAAGUGGCUUGGGACCUGUUGUAUCGGUCGAUGACCCAGGGCCAACUCCCCGAACUUCGUACGAAGAUUUUGUUCGAGAUCUCAUACACGACGAACGACACUAUUUACGUGAUCUUCACAUGAUAAUUAAAGUAUUCCGUGAAGAGAUAGAAAAAAUGGCUCAAGGUCCCCACGAACUUGAUGCACUUUUUAGUAAUAUUAUGGAUAUUUAUGAAGUAACGGUAACGUUAUUAGGGAGUUUGGAAGACAUAAUGGAAAUCACUGAAGAAAAACAGACUCCUACAGUUGGAUCAUGUUUUGAAGAGUUAGCCGAAGCUGCUGAGUUUGAUGUGUAUAAAGAAUAUGCGAGGGACAUGAACAGUCCAAAUAGUAGGGAAGUGCUGAUGAGGUUAUUAGCUAGACCGGAGUCGAAUGAAGCAUUACGAACAGCAGGUCACGGGUUCAAAGAAGCUGUAAAAUACUACUUGCCAAAACUUUUACUUCAACCUGUGUGGCACUGCUUUCUGUAUUUCGACUACAUUAAGGUGUUACAUAAGUUGACUCCAAAUUCAAGUGACCGUGAAACAUUGGAACAAGUUCAAGGUCUCUUACAACCGCUGCAAAUGGAGCUCUUAAAAUCAGUAGCCAAUCUUCCAAAAAAAGAUAACGGCCUACGUAUGCAAAGUCGUGCUCGAAGGCAAGCUGCACUUGAAAAGACAAGCGAAUUACAAAAGACUGUAGAUGGAUGGGACCAAAGGGAUAUUGGACAAUGUUGCAAUGAGUUUAUUAGAGAGGACUUAUUAGGAAAAGUUGGAAGUGGUGGAAGAAGAUUAACAGAAAGGAGAGCGUUGUUAUUUGACGGUCUAUUGGUGUUGUGCAAACCCACCGGAGGGAAGAGGGUUAGCGUUAGUGUCGGACCAGUUGCAGUAGGAGGAGGGGUUUCGGUGCACCAAGUUGAACUACGUCUCAAAGAACGAUUCUUCAUCAGGAAAGUGGAAAUCAUUGACAGAGAGGACACCGAUGAAUUGAAAAAUGCGUUUGAGAUCGCCCCAAGGGACCACCCGAAUGUUACACUCGUUGCAAAAUCUCACGAGGACAAAAAUAGCUGGAUGGCCGAUCUUGUAAUGCUGAAUACUAAAAGCAUGUUGGAGCGAACAUUGGAUAGUAUACUCUUAGACGAAGAAACGAAACAUCCCUUGAGGCUACCUCCGCCUCAUCUGUACAAAUUUUCUGAGCAAGAUUGCUCCGAAAACAUAGUUCUUGAGGCUAGAGAAAAUGGAGGUGUGCCGCUAAUCAAAGGUGCUACAUUAAUCAAGUUGGUCGAAAGAUUAACCUACCACAUCUAUGCGGAUCCAGCCUUCGUACGGACAUUCCUUACCACGUAUAGGAGUUUUUGCUCUCCUCAAAAACUCUUGUCGCUCCUCAUAAAGAGGUUCGACAUACCAGAGCCUUCGUUAGUAUAUGGAGACGAAGAAAAAUUACCAGGAUGCAAAGCCUGGGCAAGAGAAGACUGGAAAAGGUACAGAAAAGAGUACUGCCAGCCUGUCCAGUUCAGGGUUCUCAACGUGUUGAGGCAUUGGGUAGACCAUCAUUUCUAUGACUUUGAACGAGACAGAGAACUUUUGGAAAAAUUACAGUCUUUCCUAGACACAGUUGGUGGAAAAUCGAUGAGGAAAUGGGUGGAUUCGGUGAUGAAGAUUGUUCAAAGAAAGUGCGAACCAUCUGAACAGAGGCCGAUUACUUUCAGUUUCGAACGUUCUCCACCUCCGAUCGAAUGGCAUCUUAAAGUUCCUGAGGAAUCGUGGGGAAUACUCACAUUACAUCCAAUCGAAUUGGCGAGACAAUUGACAUUGUUAGAAUUUGAACUGUACAGAACAGUAAAACCUUCAGAAUUAGUGGGCUCGGUUUGGACCAAAAAAGACAAAGAACAAACCUCGCCAAAUCUACUUAAAAUGAUUAAGCACACAACAAAUUUCACGAGAUGGCUCGAAAAAACAAUCGUAGAAGCUGAGAAUUUAGAGGAGCGAGUAGCUAUUGUGUCUCGAGCAAUUGAGAUUAUGAUGGUGCUACAGGAUCUCAAUAAUUUCAAUGGUGUCUUGGCAAUUGUCAGUGCUAUGGGUUCAGCGUCAGUCUUUCGGUUGAAGUUCACUUUUCAGCAAAUAGCAGCACGUCUGGAAAAGGCAUUGGAAGAAGCUCGAGAGCUAAACAAUGAUCACUUUCGAAAGUAUCAGGAAAAACUGCGAUCCAUCAAUCCACCCUGCGUACCUUUUUUUGGCAUGUACCUGACAAAUAUUUUACAUAUUGAAGAGGGUAAUUCGGAUUAUCUUCCGGGUAGUCCUGAACUCAUAAACUUCAGUAAGCGGCGAAAAGUGGCGGAGAUCACUGGUGAAAUACAGCAGUACCAAAAUCAACCCUAUUGCCUCAUCGUUGAACCUAGGAUAAGGCAUUUCAUUGAAAACCUUUGCCCCUUUGAACCCAACAUGAAAGAUGCUGACAUCGGCAACUAUUUGUACAAAAAAAGUAUGGAGGUAGAGCCCAGAGGUUGCAGGCAACCACCCAGAGUUCCUCGCAAGUGGCCGGACUUGAACCUAAAAUCACCGGGCAUAAAAGCGAGGAGUUUGAGCGGCAGGUUACCGGCUCCACUACAAGCAGUCGCAUCUACCGUCAGAUUACACGAUCCACCAACGGAACCUCCACCACCUCCGGAGCUGCCCGAAACUCCACCCCACACUUCGCAAAUGGCGCCUCCGCAUACCGGAGAUCAUAGCGUGUUCGCACCAGUGCUACUCGGUGGCACAGGGCCACCGCCAGGAUCCCCUGGGCCCCUCAGCAUGUCGGGCCUAUCGCUUGGCUCACCGGGUAGCAGUCCUCAGCUCGGAUCGCCCGGUCACCUCCCCCCUUCGUACCAUCAAACGCAGGCGACUCACUUUGGUUUUAAUUCAGGAACAAUUGGUGUCGUGGGUGCGUUAACGGGUCUUCCAUCUGGUGGUAGUCCCGGGGCACCUAUGCCUCCGCCACCAUCUCCUAGCCACUUACCCCCCAGCCAACCUCCCCCACCCUUGCCGCCCAGAUCUCACCGGAGACGGGACAGCUCCGUUAGUGAAUCCCCGCAACAGGCUCGACAAGCUCCUAAUGCCCCGAUACUUCCACCUCGAGAGGGUACAUCUCCGCCUCCGUUACCUCCACGAAGAGAUUUGCCACCCAUGAUGCUGCCACCUCGGAUUUCAGCAACUUUGAACCCCAUUAGUUCAGGACUUCUGGCGAGGCGAAAUUCCACUCUGGACGCAACCGGCCCAGUUCCCACCCAUCCCCGAAGGCAUAUGUCUUUCAACGGACCUAGUCCCACCCAAAUCCCUCCUACUCAGCCCAAUGGAUCACUUACACCCAGGCUACCGCCAAGGCCACUGCCUGGAAGACCACCGACGACCAUGUUUAAUUUCACCGCUCCUCCAGGGCCUAGCUAAACUCCUCUUUCUGUUUACUCCCAACGAAAUUCCUGAGGCUUAUUUUUACUCCAUUCAGUAAAAUAAAGAAGGAAUGUGACGUAUCGAUCGGGUAGCUAUCGAGUAAAUUACUAAGUCCUUCAUACGCAUCUAAUUUCACGAUAUUGACAUUGAGAACAUACAAUUUUAAAACUUUCGUCAGUAUCCGAAUCUGCCAACAUUAUCAGAUCAGACGAUACAUAAAAAAAGAAUAGUAUAAACCUUCGAGAAACAAUAUUUUUUUAGAAUUUACUAACUGGGCUAUAAACAAGUCUCCACCUCUCCCUUCUUUCUAAUCCCCCCCCCCCCCCCCCCCCCAACACAACUGUGAUACACUGUAAACGUGGGUAUGUAUGUUAUGUAACUAUACGUUUAGACUUUAAAGAUAAAACAGACGCAAGAAAUAAGUACAGAAUUGAACGAUAGGCCGAUAUACCUAACUAAUUAUACAUAUAAAUGGAAUCAAUUGAAAAAAAAAUGAAUGAAUAUGUACAUGUAUAUUAUUAUAAAUAUAUUCUAUUGAUAGUUAUUGUAAUAAUGUCAGACGCACGCAAGACAAAAAACUGAAUUAUUGAAAUCGUGUAAAAUAAAGAGUAUAUUGUGUAGUA